UUGUAAGAUGAUCUACUGCACAACAUCAUGGCCUGCUUGCAACUGACAGCCUCUGUGUUGAUGAAGAUAAUGACAGUGACUGUUUCCAUGUGUGUGAUUUUUGUCUUGUCUAUUCAGACAGGAUUUGCUGCGACGCAGACUGGUUACUGUAGGCCUUUCUGUACUGGGAGUGACUGCAUAACUGUAAACCAAGACAGAGUGGAUUUUCAAACAGCUGAGGAGGCUUGCCGUCACAGGGACGGAGAACUAAUGACAUUUCAGUCCAAGACAGAUUUGACCACCCUUAACAUUUUGAGUCAAGAAUUGCAUGGAGACUUCUGGAUUGGACUGCGUUUACCAGCUGCCGCCUGCAGCAACCUUUCAGCUCCACUGAGAGGCUAUGAGUGGACCUCUGGUGGUGUGCAAAGGAGCUUUACCCCAGCCUCCAGCACCUGGAAAGACAGCGUUACCAUCUGCUCUCCAGGCUGUGUGUCACUUUCAAAGGAUCAAAAGUGGACAGAGAGGCCGUGCACAGACAAAGCUGAGGGCUUUCUGUGCAAAACAAAGCAUAAAGAUGCAUGCCAGGCACAAGAAUUAUCAGGACCAAAGGUUAUCCAGAGCUCUGAAGGCUGUUCACAUGGUCCUUGUGAGCAUACAUGCAAAGAUGUGAAAGGAGGUUAUAUAUGCUCUUGUUACAAAGGAUAUAUCCCCGACAGCAAGAACCCUGUGCGGUGCAAAUUGCACUGUGAUCAACAGAAAUGUCCCGCAGUAUGUGACAGACACACUGACAGCGCAUGCUUCUGUCCUGAUGGCUUUGUAAUAAGCGGUGCAUUUUGCGAGGACAUUAAUGAAUGCACAAGUAACUCAUGCCAGCAUGAGUGUAAAAACACUUUUGGAAGUUUUGUGUGCUCCUGCAGAGAGGGAUUUGUACUUAAAAAUCAGGUCAAAUGUGUCAAAGCGGGCAGUCAGAGUUUAGUUGUCACAACUCCUGCCGUCACAGGUUUUGUCAAACUGGCCACCAAUAAUCGCACACUGAAGGGUUCCUCUGCGCCUGCUGGGGGUUUUGUCUGGGUAUGGAUUUUGAUUGUAGUGGCUGUGUUGGUGCUGAUAUGUGUGAUAAGGUUCUAUGCUGUUAAGCGUCAGAAGCACAGAGAACAAAACUCCACCCAGCAGUCUGCUGCUCCUGUGGACAAUAUUGAGUGUUAAAUUCAAUCCAAAAUAGAAUGAUCACCAACUCCACUGUUUGCUUUAGCAUUCAGAGAUUGGGAGAGUCCAUCACUUUUAUCAGACGGCUGCAGAAGGUAACUUCCCAGAUGAAACUCUUUUGAGUUUUAAUGUUAUUAUUACUGUUAUGAGUACAUUUGAAAUGAAGGGAGUAGGAGUUCUUGCAGAUGUGGAUGGAGGAGGCCGAUCAGUUUCUUAGAUUCAUAAUUAAAAGCAGCACCUUAUUAAAAUAUCAUUAAAAAUCUUUUCAGAUUUUACUUGUAUAUAAAUACAAACAGUAUUAUGCAGUGUUAGCAUAUAGGACAUAUUUUCAGGUUGCAGGUGGAGCUGAGACGUCGUUUUUAUAAACUGCUUGGUAGUUGGGAAAUGCUCUCAUUUUAUGAGCUUAGGAUACACUCUAGAAAAUAAAUCAUGGGGUUUGUGGGUAACACCUAAACAAGUUAUUCAGCAGAAAAAAUAGUUACAGUAAAGUGUUUAAAUCAGUUGACAACUUUACAAAAAAAAAAAAAAAGUUAGUCAAAAUCAAAAACAUUUUUUAAAUUUUCGAGGAAAUAAAAUAAGUUAGAGUAUCAUAAAUAAAAUAGUUUGACACUAAACUUCAUCACAACUUUUGGAUAAAUAUUGAGUUUGUUCAACUUGAUUAUGCUUUUCGAGGUCAAAGAAAAUCAUGUUGGUUGUACUAAACUAAUUGGGUUUGUCAGAUUAUAGAAGACUCAAAGGAUUUAGGAUAGGAACCAGUGGAUUCUUUUUUCAUAGUGUGUAUGCUAACUAUGCUGUGUAAAAUGCUAACAUGCAAAGCAGUCAUUAAGGAAGACUUCAUCCAUAAAAUGACCAUGUUACAUGAGUUAGUCAUGCCAUGUUACCUUGAAUUCCUAAAUAAAAAUUUGUUUUUCUCACAUGUUGAUUUACUGACAUGGAUUUUUGCUAAAACCUCACUAAAAAUACAUGUGUUUGGAAAGUAUUGAGCUUACGACUGGAUAAAUGAGACUUGGAUUAUACUUCGUAAGUUGUGUGAGAGUUUGUAAACAGAUGUUUUGAUAUAGUUUUUCUGUUGUUAAAGGCGAACCCCAGUCCAUCAAUAAAUCAGUAUCUUCACAGUUUUCCAUGGAGGCAUGCAAAGAAACCAAAGUGUUCUUAACAAAUUCAUAGUCACAUGGCAAGACUGAUUUACAAAUGGUUGUUUUGGGGGUAAAAUAUUUCCAUACGUAAAACCGUCAGACAAACAGUCGGCAGGAAUCAAGCAAAAAGUAAAAUGGAGUUAAGCAGAGAAAAGUCUCAGGGAAAAUGCAACGCCUUAAAAUGUAAAUGUAAAUGUACUGUGUCCUUUUCAACACUGACUUUCUCUUCUCUUCAUAGAGUAAACAUUGAUAUGUGUGCAUGCGCAUUCAACUGUGAAAUGUAAGUUUUGAUGAUUGAUAUGAUCUUUAAUAAGGGUGAAAAGAGAGUGGUUUUAUGUGUCUUUUUGUGAUCUUGUAAGUCAUGAAAUUAAAAUCUGAAUUCAUUCUUUCAUAA